AAGUGGGUAAAGGCAGUAUUAGAACAGUAAGUUCAGAAAAUCACAACACUUUAAUACAGCCUGCAAAAUGAGGAGAAUACAACACAUGUUCAUGAUAAUUAUGAUAUCCUAAUCCAAGGCGAUACCUGCACUCACGUUAAGUCCAGAUAACUUUGUCGGUGCUUGGUGUUAUAAUACUACAGAUACUGCUGUUACUAUCUUAGCUGAGAUGUUUCAUUUUGAGGUUCGUAAAAAAACAAACAAAAAAAACCCCAAUUGAAUAGAAAAGCAAUGUAGUAAUUUUUCACCGUUUUAAAAACAGAUAGCGAGAUGACAAGGAGAAUCGCUUCCUUCACAUCAAAUGCAUCUCUGCUUCAGUGGCCUCGUCUUUCGGCCGGUCAGUGGCACUGUAGUCCUCUCUGGAGCUCCCAAACUCUAUUUCUCCCCUCUUGCACUACAAAGGCAACAAUAACAACAGCUGCACUUAUCACAGCGAGGACUCCACACAGAAACAUGACGUGAAGAUGACCUAGGAAAGCUGUUUUUUUUUUUCUUCCAGCGCCUUGCCUCUGCGAAGCUGUUCCACUUGUUUUAAUGGCUGAUAGGCUCUCCGACUGCUGUGUUGCGUUAUUUUAAGGCGCGGGGUUGUUUUGCGCGUCAACAAUAAGGAUCAUGCCGUUGGAGCGACGGCGAGCGCGUUAAAUGAGCGCGUUUCACUCAAUGGGAUUUAUAUAUUUAGCUCUGUGAGGGACGACCAGUAGAGCAGCGGAAAGAGGAGAUCCUGGUCCCGGUCUUGUCUGACAUUUUGAUCUCUUUGAGACCGUUUCCAGCCCUCCAAAACUUGUCGUUCAUAUCACGGUGCGCGUUAUCAGGCUAUGUGGUAGUGAGGGCGCUGUGUGUUUGAAGGGGAAUAGCACAAAUUUAUCUCCAGCUCCGGGCUGCAAAAAUGAUGAUGGCCGGUGGUGGUGGAGCAGCCGUGGACCAUAACGGGAUAUACUCAAAUCCUAACCUUCACAGCCUGCAGCAGCCCCUCAUGGAAGCUGAUAAUGCGGACUCCCGUAAACGACCGCUGGAAACUCCAGUGGAGGAGGCCGGCUGUACCAAGCGCACCAACACUGGAGAGGAGGGUGAGUACUUCCUGAAGGUGCUGAUCCCCAGCUAUGCAGCCGGCUCUAUAAUUGGCAAGGGCGGCCAGACCAUCGUACAACUGCAGAAAGAGACGGGUGCCACCAUUAAACUGUCCAAAUCCAAAGACUUCUACCCAGGAACAACAGAACGUGUCUGUCUGAUACAGGGUACAGUCGAAGCCCUCAAUGGUGUCCACAACUUUAUUGCAGAGAAAGUCCGCGAGAUGCCCCAGAGUGCCCAGAAACCCGAACCAGUCAGCAUACUGCAGCCUCAGACCACUGUCAACCCUGACCGUGUUAAACAGGCCAAGUUGAUCGUGCCCAAUAGCACAGCUGGGCUCAUCAUUGGAAAGGGUGGAGCCACAGUGAAGGCAGUGAUGGAGCAGUCAGGGGCUUGGGUGCAGCUUUCCCAGAAGCCAGAUGGCAUCAACCUGCAGGAGCGAGUGGUAACCAUCAGUGGGGAGCCUGAGCAGAACCGCAAAGCUGUGGAAAUCAUAGUACAGAAGAUCCAGGAGGACCCUCAGAGCAGCAGCUGCCUCAACAUCAGCUAUUCCAAUGUCUCCGGCCCAGUGGCCAACUCCAACCCCACCGGCUCCCCCUACGCUAAUACGGCCGAGGUGCUGCCCAAUGCAGCCGCGGCAGCUGCCACUGCCUCCAGCCUUCUGGGCCAGGCCGGCUUGACGGGAAUGGGCGCCUUUCCUGCCGCCAUGUCCAGCUUCUCUGGCAAUGAUCUGCUGGCCAUCACCUCAGCACUCAAUACACUGGCCAGCUACGGCUACAACACUAACACCCUGGGCCUGGGCCUCAACCCUGCAGCUGCUUCUGGGGUCCUUGCUGCAGUAGCCGCCAGCGCUAACCCGGCUGCCGCUGCUGCAGCUAACCUACUGGCCUCCUAUGCUAGCGAUGCCUCCAGCAGUGCUGGCCACCCUGCUACAGGCCUUGGGGGGUUCUCCCUGGGUUCUCUAGCAGCUGCUACAGGGGCUUCCAAUGGUUACCUAAAUGCUUCAUCCCCACUGAUGGCCUCCUCCCUACUGGCAACAGAGAAGCUGGCAGAUGGGGCCAAGGACGUGGUUGAAAUUGCUGUGCCCGAGAAUCUAGUUGGUGCCAUUUUGGGGAAAGGAGGGAAAACGCUGGUAGAGUACCAGGAGCUAACAGGAGCCCGCAUCCAGAUCUCUAAAAAGGGCGAGUUCAUUCCUGGUACUCGGAACCGUAAAGUUACCAUAACAGGGUCGCCAGCCGCUACGCAAGCAGCGCAGUAUCUGAUCAGCCAGCGGAUCACUUACGAGCAGGGCGUGCGUGCUACCAACCCACAAAAGGUGGGCUAAAAGGAAAAAGAGGAAAGAAGGAAAGGAUGAAGACAGAGAUAGAAGGGAAUUGAGAGGGUCACAAUGAAUAUGAAAAAAGAAAAGUCCAAAUAUCUGUUCAAUAUAUCAGUAUCAAAUGAGAGAAUCAUAAAGGAGGAGGUGGGGGAGACAACCAAGAUAAGUGUGUGUGAUAUGUGAAUGUGUUUUUAGGACUGACGUCCUGAUGUUUUUUAAAAGUUUGUGUCGAGUCCUUUUGACGAUGGUGAUCAGAGUAAGGUGAACUGGUCCACUGCCAAGCUGCAGAUUCAAGGGUGAGGCUGCAGGGUUUCACCCUCCUCCAAAACCUCAUAGCUGUUUUGUUUUCUUUUUUCUCUUUGGGUUUUGUUGGUUUUAAUUUCAGUUGCAAACCUCAGCUCCCGGUGAGUUGAGCAUGUCACAUGAAGUUCCAGCCAGCUGAUAGAGCUGUUUUCUAAACCUUGUUCUUUGUAUACAAUGCACAAGGCAUUGUUAACAGGGGAGAGGUUUUAUGACAAGCACCUGAGGUCAUCUCUAUCUAUAGGGAAGCAAUCUGAGUAUAAUUUCUUUAAAGAAAUCAUAUCUAUGUUGACAUAUGUUGGAUUCUGGCUCAUAUCAUAUAAUUGAAGUUUCUAAAUUUGGGUAUUUUUUAUUUUCAUAUUUCGUUUAUUUAUUGACAUGGUCUCAUUCAAACACAAAUAGAUUAUUUAAACCUGUGAAUACAGGUUGAUCUGAAUGUAAAAACAAUAUUAGCCUAUUUUUUAUUUACAGGGAUCAAAUAUUGUGUUGCAGUGAAAGAAAUGUAUAACUCAAACCCGGUCUGAACUUCACUGUUGCUGUCUGCAAGUAUAGUUCAGGGGUUAAAUAAUCAAUGUGAGAGGAUAGAGGAGACACACAGGAAUGUAUAAAUAUAUUUUACAUGAACAUACAUAGAUAAUGCUCCCACAAACCCACAAACACUGAAACAUAUUUGCAUAUUCAGUCACAGCUACAAACACACAGAAAUAUGUUGUUCUUUAACCCGUUCUUGGUGCUAUAGGAUUAGGUUUAUAUCUCCUUUACCAUGAAAUCAGAAUCUCUCUGGCGACUAUUCUCUUUACGUGAUGUAAAAAUGCUGAUGUGUCAUCCAGCCAUUAAUAGCCCAUCAGAUCUGACCCACCCUCUCACCUAAAGAAAAAGGACUGAUUUCAGCAUUUCACGAUGAAAAGCAAUCCAGUCUUAAUAUUUCAUCCUCACUCCCAAUGCCUUUUUUUAAUUUUUUUUUU